AUGCCAACGAAGCGUGUGAAAGGGAAGAAGAAGCUCAAGUCCAUCAAGGCAAAGCAGACUGAUGCCAUGGGUAGUAAGCGCCGUUUAGCCAAACUUGGCAAGGAACAGCGCAAAGGCAUGCGUGGUACAGCAGCGAACUACAUUACACGCAGUCAAGCACUUAAACGACUUCAAGUAACACUUAAAGACUUUCGUCGCUUGUGUAUUCUCAAAGGCAUUUAUCCUCGUGAACCAAAGAAAAAACCUUCUGGCAAGGACAAGACGUAUUACUACUUGAAAGACAUCAUGUACUUGGCUCAUGAGCCUGUUUUAGAUAAAUUUCGAGCUUUCAAGACAUUUAUGAAAAAGAUCACGCGAGCGAUGGGAAAAAAAGACUAUGAAGGUGCUAAACGAAAGCAUGAAAAUCGUCCGACAUAUGAAUUGGACCAUAUUGUGAAAGAGCGGUAUCCUCGCUUUGUUGAUGCUUUGAGUGACUUGGAUGAUGCCUUGUGUCUGGUUCAUUUAUUCGCUAUGAUGCCAACGGGUAAUGGUGUUCGUGCUGAGGUUACGAGCAAGUGUUUACGUCUUGUACGCGAGUGGCAGAAUUUUAUUGUGGCAACAAGAGCAUUAACAAAAGUUUUUGUAAGUAUCAAGGGUAUUUACUAUCAAGCCAAUGUUCAGGGUCAAACCAUCACAUGGCUUGUACCGCAUCAAUUUACACCCACGGUGGAUAAACGUGUAGAUGUGCGAGUGAUGCUCACGUUUCUUGAGUUUUAUGAAAUUUUACUCAAGUUUGUAAAUGCUCAGUUGUAUAUGCAUAUUGGUGUAGCAUAUCCACCCAAAAUUAAUUUGCAAUUGGAUGCUGCUGGUGCUCAAUUGGCUGCUUUGGAGCUAGAGCGUACAAAGGAAAGUGAGCCGAAGAAUGCUCAAGGCGAAGAGAUUGAGGAUCAGAAAACGUUGGAAAACAUUUCACAACAACAGAAAGAGUCCGAAAAACGGAUCAAAACGCUAUCACUUGUCCAGGGGGUCAAUGGUAUUAUUGAUGAGGAUAUCGAGGACGAUGAAAAAAAUACGUACGGAGAACUGAGCGAGCCACUCGAAGCUGCGUUUGCAUUUAAUGAACUAGCGGCACAGAUUCACAGCGAUGAGCAAAAAGAACGCAGUGAAAAAAGUCUGUUUAGUGGACUCACUUUCUUUUUAUCACGCGAGGUGCCCUCAGCUUGUCUGGAGUUGGUACUUCGCUCUCAUGGUGCUCAGUUGGGCUGGGAUGGUGCUGGGUCUCCAUUUGAUGAGAAGGAUCCACGUAUUACGCACCACAUAAUGGAUCGUCCACAUCAAGGCCAUCGAUACUUUAAUCGAGAGUAUGUACAACCUCAGUGGGUUUUCGAUUCGGUGAACAAUGGCAUUCUGUUGCCAUUGACGCGCUAUCUCCCUGGUGCCGAUCUACCGCCACAUCUAUCACCGUUUGUGAACGACCAACAAGAAGGUUACACCCCAGAAUAUCGCAAAGAAUUGGAGAAACUCAAAUCAGCGUCGCAAGUUUUACGUGAAGUAGGAAAAAUCGAAAAUGAAUUUGAAACCGAGUCUGAGGUUGAAGACACAGAAGAAACUUAUGCCGCUGAUCUCAAGGCCGAAAUUAAUGGCAAGGAUGAAAGGAGUGAAGAAGAAGAUAAAGAUGACGAAGAAGAAAAAGAAGAGGAAGUGGAGAAGGUUACGUCAUUGAAGCGCAAGCCAGACGCGACAUUGAGUGAGAAGAAGUCGAAACGUGUCAAGAAGGAAGAAGAAGCAGCAGAAUUAAAAGAACUAGCUAAGACGAUGAUGUCCAAGAAGGCCAAACGACUGUAUGACCGCAUGCAGUACGGACUUGGCAAAAAGGCCGAUAAGAUCCAGAAGCUUGAGGACAAACGUCUCAAAAUUGCAGCUGAGAAAGAAAACCCGACCGAACCAACAAAAACAAACGACGUUUCGAAGAAGCGCAAACGAAAGACUAAGGGCAAGAGCGCCAAGUAG